AUGGAUCUGGAAUGCCUAAGUGAACCUCCAAUCUAUUUCCCACUCGUUCUUCAUAUUAUAGCUCUAAUAUCAUUUCCCAUCAAUUGUUUCGGGUGUUAUUUGGUCGUUGCUAAAUCUCCCAAAAAUUCAAAAUAUAAAUAUUGCCAACUUUAUCUUCAAAUAGUCACAUUCAUUGUUGAGAAUUAUAUGUCAUGGAUUGGAGCUGGAUAUUAUUAUUUUCCAUUAGUUGGUGGAUACAAUACUUCUUUCAUCGCAAAUUCAUUUAUAACAACUCAUACAAGCGUCGUCUUUUAUUUUUUCACAUUCUGCUUUGAGCUUCCUGCAUUGCUUAGUUGUUUUCAGUAUCGAGCUGAUGCAGCUGCAGAUCUAAAUCCCGUAAGUUACAAUUUAUCACGUUCGACAAUGUUCAAUGUUCCUUAUAGAAAAAAAGAAUUCCACGUUGUUUCACUUAUUUCUUGUGUAUUCUCUGUCACAGUUUCCCAUUUGUCGUUGCAACUUCCUUAGCAUUUGCUGACACAUCAAAAGAAGAUAAAUAUCGGACAGUCGCUUUAUAUUUUCCAAAAUGUAUUCAUAUUUUAUCUCAUCCUGGAUUCGUUAUUUAUGAUUAUCGAACAAACCCGUGGCUCGUGAUGGCGGGUCUUUCAACAAUGAUAUGGGUGUUUUCUUUUGCAGGGUAUCUUAACUGAAUUUGAUUUCCAAAAUAUUGACUUCCAAAAUCUUCAGAUACUUCAUAUUCUUAGUCAUUUAUACAAUCGGAAUCCUUCAGAAAAUGCGUAAACACAUGUCUGCAGCAACUUUCAAACUUCACAAAACCGCAUUGAUCGCACUGACACUUCAAGUAGUCAUACCUUUCAGUUUUAUUCUAAUACCACUUACUAUUAUUUUCAUUGUUGUUCUCAAACAAUUAUCCUCGUGGCAAGGUUUGAUUCAUAAAACAUUUCAGCUGCUAUUUUGAAACUUACUUAGUUUAUCAAAUUUCAGAAAUCGCAACUGAUACAAUGUUUCUGAUAAGUUGUCAUUCGAUGGUUUCAACAAUUGUCAUGAUUUGUUGUAACGGAAGAUAUUUGGAUGUUGUUCGAUCUUUUUUCACUGAUAGAUUGAGGUUAACUUCAUCCAAAAAAUAAUAAAAAAUUAUGGUUUUCAGAAUUAAACAUCUGCAACUUCCCAAAACCACAAUUGCUGAAAGGACAAUUACAGUUAUUGCUCACAAUUGA